AUGUUUAUCGCCAUCGUCGGAACUCGUUUCGCAGGGAAGUCGUCUGUGCAGAGCUAUCUGGUCAAACACAAGGGUUUCAUCCCUGUCAAAAUCACACAAAUCGAGUCUGAGGAGCCUAUGGUCUUCAGGACCACUGCGCAGCUACUCGCACACAUCACGAAGAAUUGGAGAACGAACUUCGUCACUCUCGAUCUAAACACGCUAGAUGAACUGACUGAGUUCAUGACUCGUCCGUUUGUUCUGGUAGUCAGCGUCGACGCACCGCUCCUCACGCGCUAUCGACGGAGCCUUGGUCAAAUUGCCACCGUACACGUGGUCAACGCAUUCCAAAGCAUCCCGUCGCUCCAAGACCAUCUUGAGGAAGUCAACUUGCUCGAUCCUGAACGCCUCCGACCGGGGUGGGACACUUACUUCAUGCAGCUCGCGUCUUUGGCGUCGCGACGUUCUAACUGCAUGAAACGGCGCGUAGGCGCGAUACUUGUCCGCAACAAGCGCGUUCUAUCCUCAGGGUACAACGGCACACCACGUGGGGUCACAAAUUGCAACGAGGGCGGGUGCAAACGGUGCAAUACUGCGAGCGAGACAUCGGACGAGUGCCUGUGUCUCCACGCGGAGGAGAACGCUCUCUUGGAGGCAGGAAGGGAACGGGUUGGAGACGGUGCCGUUCUCUACUGCAACACUUGUCCGUGCCUGAAGUGCACGAUCAAAAUCAUCCAAACGGGUGUCAAGGAGGUGGUCUACAACCUGAGCUACAAAGUGGAUGACGCCUCGGCUGCUCUAUUUGCUGAAGCAGGAGUGAUCCUUCGACGGCAUGCUCCCGCCUGA